GGUCGGGCUGUUGAUCCGGCUCAGGUGUGUCUGGGCUGCAAGCGGCUCGGGGCGGCGCUCAGCAGGGAGGCGAGGCUGGGCGGGCAAGUGCGGGGGGCUGCCGGUGGUCGCCAUGACUGUUGCUGCUGCAGCGGCGGCGGCGCCUGCUUGGAGCUGAAGAGGAGAGGAGCUGUCCGUUCAGCACCAGGAGCCGCCGCUCCGGGCUGGCUGGUCCGCGUUGGGCGCCGUUGGGCUUCCCGCUGACCGCCGUCUCCCUCUCGCCUCUGCUCGGCCGCCUCCAUCGCGCCAAGGUGAGCAGAAGACCACCCGACCACCCACCCACCCACCCACCGAAGCAUCUUCUAGCGCGGAGGAAGGAAGGCAGGAAGGAAGGAAAGCAGGGACCCCGCCCCGGCGAUGCUCGCCAGGAUUCCGGGCAAGUUUGACACUCCUCACCGGGGUGGCGAAGGCAGCUCUUAAGAUCUUCUUUCCCUGUCCCACAUAGCUUUGGAAGAAACUCACCAUGACAGGCCUGAGUCUGAGGGAUUUAUCAGACGUUGAUUUGGAAGACAAUGAGAUCAGCAUCAAUGUCGGGGGCUUUAAGAAAAAGAUGAGAUCCACCACAUUGUUGAGAUUCCCAGAAACCAGGCUGGGCAGGCUGCUGAGCUGCCAUUCAAAGGAAUCGAUUUUGGAGCUUUGCGAUGAUUACGAUGACACCAAGAAUGAGUUCUACUUUGACAGAAACCCUGAACUCUUCCCGUACGUGCUGCAUUUUUAUAAUACCGGAAAGCUUCAUGUAAUGGGUGAACUUUGUGUGUUUUCCUUCAGCCAAGAAAUCGAAUAUUGGGGGAUCAAUGAAUUUUUCAUUGACUCUUGCUGCAGUUACAGCUACCAUGGGAGGAAAAUGGAACCUGAUCAAGAGAAAUGGGAAGACCACAGUGACCAGGAGAGCACCACAUCAUCCUUUGAUGAGAUCUUGGCCUUCUACAAUGACGCUGCCAAGUUUGACAAGCAACCUUUUGGGAAAGUCAGGCGGCAGCUAUGGCUAGCUUUAGACAAUCCCGGCUAUUCUGUUUUGAGCCGAAUAUUUAGUGUCCUUUCCAUCGUGGUUGUUCUGGGCUCCAUUGUCACUAUGUGCUUGAACAGCCUUGCAGACUUUCAGAUUGUUCACAGCAACGGGAGUUCUGAAGAAGACCCCCGGUUUGAAAUUGUGGAACAUUUCGGCAUUGCGUGGUUCACCUUUGAGCUGGUGGCAAGAUUUGCCGUCGCACCAGACUUCUUGAAGUUUUUUAAGCAUGCACUAAACCUGAUCGAUCUCAUGUCCAUCCUUCCAUUUUACAUCACUUUGAUUGUUAAUUUGGUGGUGGAAAGUAGCCCUGCUUUAGCUAACUUAGGGAGAGUAGCCCAAGUCCUGAGACUCAUGAGGAUAUUCCGCAUCUUAAAACUUGCUAGACAUUCAACAGGCCUUCGAUCCCUGGGAGCCACUCUCAAAUAUAGCUACAGGGAGGUAGGACUUCUCUUGCUCUACCUCUCAGUUGGGAUCUCUAUAUUCUCUGUAGUGGCAUACACAAUCGAAAAGGAAGAAAACAGAGGCCUAGAAACUAUCCCUGUUUGUUGGUGGUGGGCUACGGUUAGCAUGACUACAGUUGGCUACGGAGAUGUUGUCCCCGUGACCACUGCAGGCCGGCUGACAGCUUCUGCCUGUAUCCUGGCGGGCAUCCUGGUCGUAGUCCUUCCAAUCACACUCAUCUUCAACAAAUUCUCUCAUUUUUAUAAGCGCCAAAAGCAGCUAGAAAGUGCAAUGAGAAGCUGUGAUUUUGGUGACGGGAUGAAAGUGGUCCCGUCUGUCAACUUAAGGGAUUACUAUGCGUACAAGGUGAAAUCUCUCAUGGCCAGUCUUACAAACAUGAGCAGAAGUACACCCAGUGAACUAAGUUUAAACGAUUCAUUGCAUUAGUCUCUGGUUCUAAAACCAGUUUGCAUGGUGGAAAACUGAGCUGCAUUUCAUACGUGGUUGUUUCUCUCAGCUCUUGUCGAUGCUGCACCAAGGACAGAGUCCAAUUAUUGCCUUUUCCACCACGAGGUAUUCUUUUGGGAUGCAGUUUUUCAGUUGCAAGUCACACAUCCAUCAAGGUUUCCAAAGGUUCAACAUGCAUCCAGACUGAAGAGCAACUUAACUUACAAUCUGCUCAAAUGGCAUUCGUUUGGAAUCAAAAUAGAUGUUGAAACCUGCAUAAAAUACCACCAAAUACAAAAGUCACCUGAUGGCAAAACAAGUUGUGCAGAUUUCCUUAUCUUGGCUCUUCUGAACUGCUGGAAUUUAGGCUGCAGUCCAAAGGGUACUAUUCUGGGAGUAGGGCCUAUUGAAUCUCAUUAGACUCGUAGUCCAGUGUGAUUCAAUAGUAGACCUGUUUAGGAUUCUCCCUCAGUUUCAGAGUAAAACCAACAUGGUGCAUUUUUCACUCCGCUGCAUAGAAACAGCCUCUUGGUUUCAUACUUACAUCUGCUGACAACAGGACAUUCAUGCUAUUGGUGUCUUGCUUCUUUGUCACAAAUGCAUUUUGCUUUGGAAGUCCCUGUGAGAGCAAAGAAAAGAAUGAGGCCCUUGCAAAAUGGGAAAUUCCAUUAUCCCAGUUUAACAUAGGGGGAAAUGAUACAGUAAAAAGGCUGCACAAAUACGCCUCCAUUUAAGGCCAGUCUAAUAACCCACCUGCAUUUCAAACCCACUUCUCAUGACCAUACAUUAGUGGCUGAUUGAAAAGUUACUUGAGGGACUCUUUGCGAUAAGUAACACUAUCAUAACCAUGUUUGUGUAACUAUGAUGGAGUUUAUUUAACAGAAAUUAAUACUAAUUCUGGGGUGUGUAAUUUCAUAAAUUAGUGAAAAGUCCCAUCAAACCUGAUGGGAGCAAAGAAUGGAACAACAUAUGUACUUAUUUAUUUCCCUACGGAGCUUGGGGCAACGUGUGUUAUUCUAUCUGAUUCUCACAGCAAAGGUAGAUAAGGUCGAAUGAAAAUAUCUUCUAAUGAGAUUUUUUUGUUGUUGUUACGACUUUUCAAAUACAAACAAAAGCCAACCAACAAUAACAAACACAGAAAACACACAACCGGGGGGAGGGGACAAGGGGAAGGGGGGGUUAUAAACACAAUUUAAAAUUUACCACAUGCUCUCUAGUUGCAACUGUAGAAUUAAUUCUUAAUCAUUAUUUCUAAUAAGAUUCACACUUUAUUAUGUCUAUUUUCUUGUUCUUCUAUUCUUCAGAUCCACAAAUCAUCUGUUCAUUUUUUUCCUGUUUUUAUCAAAAAGUCUAUCGGGGAUUUCCAGUUAUCAAGAAAUUUAGAUAAGUUAUUUUCUCUAAGCCAGCAGUUCUCAACCUGUGGGUCACAACCCCUUUCACAGGGGUCGCCUAGAGGGACCCAAGUAGCCCCGGUCCCGGCAGCUCCUCCGGCUGUUUCAGCUGCUCUUUGCUCCGAGUAGUGGGGGCCACCAGUGCCACGUUGGCUGAGCCCCUCCAAGCCGGAUCCGGGCAGGGGCUGCCAGAAGUCGUGAGCUCAGGCAGCCCCACAGCUACCCGGAAAAAAUCUCAACAAGAACUUCUACAUUUUGGCAAUGACAUGAUAAUCAUUCACGCACAGUUCCAUUUCAAAUUCAGCCUUAGAGUGCAAACCUGAUCCAGGAGGUGGCCGGGGGGGACAGUGCUGCCGCCGUGCUGCCACACCACCUCCAGAGGGCUUUCCAGUGGAGUGAGGGGGACAGAAGAAACAAAAAACCCUCUCCGGCUGCCCAAAAGCCCUCCAUUGGGGAAAACAGAAUUAAGCCACACAGAAGGGUGACAUAAGUCUGUUUUCCCCUCUGCCGCUGUUCCUGGAGCCAGAGCCUGGUAGGAGCUAACAAGGACUCUGUCUCCAGGAACACCUGCGGAAUGGCUCUAGUUGCUCCAGUCUACAAGUUAGACCAACACAACUCUGGCAGCAGCAUUUGGAAGCAGGGUGGAUGCCACAGAGCUCCACAAUGCCCACUCUCAUCCCUGUUUGCCCUCCUGGCUGGCAUCAGUGUCAACGUGAGCUUGUGCCUCCUCCUAUGGCCAUUCCACCCCCACCCCUGCAUCUGAAUUGGGCUGCCUGAAGAUAAAAUCUGAUUUAAAUCCUUCUAAUAAUUGUGCACAGAAAAACCAAUGAUAGAUAUGUCCUUCUGCUCCUAUACCUUCUCUUGAUUUCAUUGUGCAUUCCCCUUGAGGAAAGUCUAGUAUGUCAUGAUAUGUUAACCACCUGUUUUCCAAUAUCAUUUAUUGUCUGUAUAGGGCUUAUUGUGAUGAAAGGCUGAAGGAAAAUAAAAAAAAAUCUGACUCAG